AUGUACGAGAUCCUGAUCCUUAAGGCCAACUUCCUGGAUAUCGGUACCAUUGAUGUCGAAAAGACAUUUGAAAUUGGAAACUUCCAUGCCUACACUGGCGAAUUCGACGAGGAGCUGUUAGCCGAGAUUGAAGCUAAAGAUGAGGUCAAUUCACUUGAGCCUGACAGUGAAGCCUCAUUGACAGCCUUGACGGAGGUCGGUGACCAGCCUUGGGGUUUAGCCAGCCUCUCAUCUCGUACGAAACUCUCCAGCGUUGAUGUCGAUCACCAAACGUAUAUCUACGACACGAGUGCCGGAACAGGCACUUUUGCCUACGCUCUUGAUUCCGGAAUUCGUAUUUCCCAUCCUGAUUUCCAGGGACGCGCGAUCAAGGGCAUCAAUGCCUGGCCCGAAGUUGCUUUUGACGAUGACUUUGGCCAUGGCACGCACGUGGCUGGUACCAUCGGAUCGUUGCGAUUCGGCGUCGCCAAAAAUAUAACCAUAGUCGACGUGAAAACGGCCAGGGUUGCUUACAGCACGGUAGCCAAGAUUAUUGAGGCGCUGGAGUGGUCUGUCCAAAAUAUCACCAACACCCCUGUAGGGCUGGCAACGACUGCUACAUCUACAACACUGAAUAAUGCCGUCGACGCAGCUACAAGCCUGGGUGUAUUUGUAGUCGUCGGUGCAGGGAAUGACGGCAAGGAUGCCUCAACGAGGUCUCCAGCGAGCGCACCGACUGCCUUCACCGUUGGUGCUAUUGAUAUCAUCAGCACUUGCGCCACGUGGUCCAACUUUGGGCCUUUUGUGGAUGUCUUUGCGGCUGGGGGUGCAGGUUCAAUCAACUUCGUUGUACCAAGAUGGGACUGAACUUCUGUCGGGAACAUCAAUGUCCACAGCACAUAUUCCGGUCUGGCGUUGUAUCUCAAGGGCUUGGAGGGUUCCGCUCUGCCUGUGGCUAUUGGAUCUCGCAUCAAGGAACUUGCUACGAAGGAUAUUCUUGCGUAUGCUGGUGUUGGGAGUCCUAAUCUUGUUGCUUACAAUGGGAAUGGCCGACGAUGAUGGGUCUCACAGUAUGGGUUGGACACAUGUUGACUACCUACGUUGGUAGGGAAUGAUGCGUUAGCGCAAUGAUUGCUUCUGAUGAG